AUGCAACGCACGACCGCCAUCUCCGGCACAGUUUCACGAGUUCAGACUGUAGACGCUGCAGAAAUUUCUUCACAACAUUGGCCAGCUCCAAUAUUUUACACGGGCAUUGAAAAAGUUUUUUGAAGCUUAAAUAAGUCUCGUUUACUGCAAUAAUUCACUUCUCUUUCAAAAAAAUUGAAAAAAUUGAAAAAAAAACGAUUUUUUCGGGCUCUAAAGGAGACUGCUGUCUUAAAGCACCGAAACUAAGUUCUUAUGUCCACCCUAAUGUCCUGCUUAUAAUGAAUUACUAAUUCGCAUUGAUCAACGCAAUAGACAUAUGCAAAUGUGGUACAACAACGUCAGCAACACCUUUUGUGAAUGAAUGUAUUAAUCGACAGCAACAUAUGUACAUAUGUACAUACAUAUAUGUGGACACGAUCUAUAUACAUAUGUAUGUAUCUACAAAUGUGAAUAAUGCAUUGCAUUCGCUAUUUACGAGUACGUUACGUGUCGAGCGUAAAGUGAAAAAAAGACAAACUUUGUCGGCAACUAUUUUACAGGCAAUACAAUAGAAAAAGCAACAACAAUAUACAAUAUACAAUACAGUGCAGUUCAUUAGCGAAUUUUGCGUGUUAUUCUAUAAAUUCUUCUUGUCAGUGUCAUAUUGUCACACUACCCGGUGCGCAUACAUACAUACAUACAUAGUACAAGCGGAUUGAGAGAUUUGUUGUCUCUAAUCUUUGCUAUUUGUGGCAUAAACAUGCGCGCACAAUAACAAACACCGAUUGCAUACAAAAUAGAAUUUUAUAAAUUUUAUAAUCAAACGCAAAUAAUAAUUCUUUUCGUGUACUUGGCUGUGUGUGUAAACAACAAUAAAUCUGUCAAAUUAAAAAUAAAUCGCUUUGAAUGAAAUUAAUUGGAAAGCUAAUAAAUUUAGCGCCACCAGUGAUACAUACAUACUUAUCAAUUUGUAUGUGUGUGUGUGUAUUUAUUUUUGAAGUGGCGUUUAUACAAAGUAACGUAUAUACACGUAUAUGUAUGUAUGCACAUACGUAAAAGUGAUUAAUGCUGUUGAAUGUGUGUAUAAAUAGCAAAAAGUGAUAAGAAAUAAAAUUAAAAUAAAUUUUUGUUUUGCCAUAAAAUCGUGCAGUGCAAAUUUACGCAACAAUGUCAAAAGAUCGCAAAUACUCACGCUACGACACCAAGGAGCGUGAGGAGCUGCUGCUCAACCCGCCGGCUAAAGUGCAAAUAGUGCAACGCAGCGGUGGUGAGGGCAAACAGCGAUAUGAGGCGAUACCUGCGGCUGACGAUAGUGGCCUUGACGACCAGAAUGCCACGAUCACAAGCUGGCUGUUGGACAAACCAUUGGAGUUGCAGGAGCGGCAAGCAGUUGGUGAAGCAACACCAUUUAAUUAUAUUGAAAAUUACAAACAACAACCGUCCCCAUCGCACACAAGCAUUGCUAAUGACAUUCAACUAAUACCGACACUUGUGACGUCGUCGCCAAAACAAACGCAGCAGCAGCAACAACAGCAGAAACAACAGCAAAACCAACAAACACCACAAAACAAAGCACACAAACAACAAAUGACAGCGAAACGUAAAAAUUCAAAUUCAAAUGAGAUCAACAACACCUCAACGAUCGAAGCGCCACCUGCCAACACCAUGCCAACGACAGCGACAAAUGCGACGACGACGAUGACAACAGCGACGAAUUCGGCAACGGCAGCAAGAAUGAAUAGUGGCACGAUCGCUGCCAAUAAUGGCCCCUCAACGCCAGCAGCGGCGGCACCAAGGCGUGAACCACACAUCAGCACCAGUAGCAAUGGUGAUGAUGAGACUGAUGUGAUCGGCGAUUUAGUUGGACAUUUCGGCAAAUGGCAGUGUCUGAUGACAAUGUUGUUGUCAUUGUUUCAGGUGCCCAAUACAUUUCAUAUAUCGUCGCCGGUUUAUCAGGCGAUCAGCAAAAAUUUUUGGUGCCGUCGACCAACGCACUUGCAAGACUUGCCGGUGGAUGUGUGGCGCAAUAUCAGUGACUCGCAAGAUAAUUGCUUUCAGGCGAACAUUGACUGGAGUCAGUUGCCCAACGACAGCGUACAGCUACAGCCAGCAUUGCAACAACUGAUUCGUCAACAACAGCAAUCAUAUGUCAACUUACCACAUGAGCCGUCGGCUGUGUCUGCAUUUCAACACUAUGUCCUCUCGCCACUGGCUGUCGUGCAAAACGAGUCACGCAUAGCCUGCACCGCCUGGGAGUAUGAUGACAAUGACAAUUUGGGCAAUACAUGGACUUCACAGUGGGAUUUGGUGUGCGACAAGGAGUACUUCAAGAAUGUGGCCGAGAUGUUCUUUCUGCUGGGUGUGGCAACAGGUGGCAUAUUGUCGGGUUAUUUGUCGGAUAAGUUUGGCCGCAAAAAGAUGCUUUUCAUAUCGGCAGUGUUGCAGACGAUAUUCGGUCUAGCGCUCUACUUUCCGAAAUCGCUGGAAAUGUUCCUGUUGUUGCGUGCGUUACUCGGCCUGGUCUCCGUGUCCGUAACAUACGCUGGUCUCAUAUUGGCCAUUGAAUAUGUGGAUGGCAAAUGGCGUACCAUAGCUGGCAUGUACAAUUUAUUUCCACUGCCAAUUUCGUACAUGUUGAUCGCCGGUAUUGCCUAUCUGACACAGGACUAUCAAAGGCUACAACUCUGCAUCGGUAUACCAGGAAUUUUCCUAUGCUUUUUAUGGUUUGUCGUGCCUGAAUCUCCACGUUGGCUGUUGGUUAAAGGUCGCAUUGCCGAAGUGAAAGAUAUUAUACAACGUGCAGCCAAAUUUAAUGGACGCCAACUACCAACUGACUUUGAAGCAAUGUUAAAUCCACCACCACAAGAAGACUCUUCGCAGGACUGCAUUAGUCUCUUCAAAUCCGGUUAUCUGCGUUGUGUGACUAUUUGCUUUCUAUGCAUUUGGUUUACGAUGAAUUUGGUAUACUAUGGUCUGAUAUUAAAUAUGAGUUCAUUUGGCGGAAAUGUUUAUUUGAAUUCGGCUUUAGCUGGCCUAGUCGAAAUCCCUGCCAUUGCCAUUGCCAUGUAUAUUAUCACAAAGGUCGGCAAAAAGUGGCUCUUCUGCGCCACAUUCAUCUGUACGAGCAUCGCUUGCUGCUGUGCGGCCAUUACCGAGGGCAAUGAUGACCAACUCUGGCUGAAGAUUACAUUCCUCAUGAUUGGCAAAUUUACCAUCAGCGCCGGCAAUACCAUUAUGCCCGUCUACACAGCUGAACUCUAUCCGACCGCCAUUCGAAAUGUCGGUGUGGGGGCAUGUAAUGUAGCCGCUGGUGCAGCACUGAUACUUACACCAUAUUUGUCUUUGUUGAAUAAAAUUGAGAUUCAUUUUAUGAUGACACUGCUCACAGCAUUUGCAUUCUUUGGCGGCUUUGUUGUGCUGUUUCUACCUGAAACCAUAGCUGCUCAGACGAAAUCCGAACCGAGAGAGGAAAAAUGUUAGAAUUGUACUGUUACAAAAAUCAAUACAACAAACAAUUGAUGUACUUGUCAGCACACGACGAAUUUACUAAACAAAAAAGAGAUUUGGACAACUCGUCAACGACGAUCUUCAAAUGCCGAAGAACAGCUGCAAAGGAAAGCUGCAGUAUGUUUUUCAAUAAUAAUUGUAUACAUAGGUAUAAAGUGCAUGAAUGCAUUAAUUAGCUUUUAAGAAAGAGAGAAAAAUAUAAAAAACUUACACAUCAUUAAUUGUAUUUUGGCUGGACCAAAAUAAGUCAAUUUCAAAACUAAAGUGAAAUGUUUAUAAUAAAUAUACUAAAUAUAUUGAAAGAAACAUACAUUUAAAGCAAAAUUCCCUACAUAUAUAUGUGUACAUAUAUUGUAUAUAUGUAUGUGGCUAAUUUACCGUAAUGCAAGCAAACAUAUAUAUGUACAUAAAUAUUAAGCAAUUUCUAGCAUAUCAAUGUAAGAACAAUAUAAAUACAUACAUAUUGACAUACUCGUGCAUACCUAAGGAGUAGGCAAUAAUUAACUUACGUAUGUAUGUCGGUGCAAAUUUUAUAAUUUUUGAAUUCUUGAAUACUAAAAACAUGCAAUUACUGUUAGAAGCUUAAGAAGUGUUAAAAUGAAAGUUACAAAUUUCCCUUUUACCCUUUUAAAUGCUGUUAACCACCUACACACAUAUACAUACCACAAAAUCUCAUGAAA